UGGCGACGGGCGGCUGCUGCAGGCCCCUCGCCUCCCUCAGAUCGCUUUUUUUGCGAGGAAAAUCAGGUAACUCCCAGUGAACAAACAUGAGAAUUAAAAACCGGUGUUUUCUGUUUGUUGAUCACCGUAGAAGGUUAAGGAGGUGAGCCAGUAUUUUCCUGAGAGCUUCUUUAUUUCAGAAACUCAAAUUAAAUUGUAGUAAAUGCUUCUUAAUCCCAACUAUGUCUGGUUUUCUUAAUCAUAAUCUCCUAUUGUUGCUGUAUUAGAUUACAAACUGUACUGUCUUUUUUGAACAUAUCUAAUUAAAUAUGAAAGUUAAUGAAGAUAGUUAUAAAUAAAGAAACAUUUGCCCAAGUGCAGUGUGGCAAUGCAGUGAUAAAGUAUUGCCUUUAAAAUGUGAGACUCCUCUUCUGAAACACAUUGGUGUGUAAAGUCUAAUGUCUGGUUAUUUUAAUGUACUGAUGUUGCCUUCUCAGAUAAUAACAAAAAAAAUACUAUUCAGAUGAUAUAAUCACGGUAACCUAUUUUUGUCAGAAUGUUGUGAAUUAUUAACGAUGGAUCUCAAAGAACUGAAAAGUAAAAGUUCACCAUGCUGUGAAUCUCUACAAAAGGACCACAUAUUACUGAAUAGUCAAGAAAUAAAAGUACACAUGCAUAAAUCAGAACUAAAGAUAAUUGAUCCAGACUCUGCAGCUAGAAUUAUCCAGACUUCAUGGAUUUCCUACAGAAAUAAACAGUUAUUUCGCCUACUCAAACACACAAUCUGUGCUGCAGAACAUUGUCUGACAACUGACAUUUUAAGGAAACUACAACCCUCUGAGGCUGAACUCUUGAAAGAUACCAAGAUGGCAUAUAAAGUUAGGUUCAGAUUUGCUGGAGAAGAAUUUCCUCCUUUUCUUGUGUUUAAAAUUUUUCAACAUACUGGGAACUACAAGAAUCAAUAUUUAAGUGGAAAAAGAAUAAUCAAGCCCGCAACUGAGGCAGCAGCUGCUUCUUGCAAGAUCAUGGGAAGAAGGAAAUUUUAUGAUCUUAUCAUACAGGAUAACCUUCAAUAUCAAAGGAUGAAAGUAGCAGAUGAAGCUGAUAUUGUUACAGCCAAAGAUUAUAUGCAGUAUGCAAGUAAUCUGGAUGAGACUCCAGCCUGCCUUGGGGGCAGAGAGAACUACUGGAGGAUGUUGACCCUGACAAAUCUGCCUAGAACAACAAUCAUGUAUGAUAUUGUGGACUAUGCGUACAGCAGAACUUUAUCACAACGUUUAAAGGAGGAAUUGCCAAUACUGCUCUCCAGGCCAAGUACUGAAAGAAUUCAGCUUCAACAUAUUAGAACUCUCUCUCAGACCAGGUCAGCUUCUCCAGUCACACAAACUCUUCCACAUCGAACCUCAAAAUUGUUAAAAGCAGGAAAGGAGUCACAACGGCGUUCUCACAAAGCAAGAAUGAAAGUUUCCAAAAUGAGAAAGAUAUAUGGCUUGGAUAAGAACAAAGAGGAAGAGAAGAAAACAUCAGUUUGCCACAGCCCUGCACAGGAUGACUCUCAAUUUUACACAAGCUCUGAUCAAGAAGAAAAAGAUGAAAUUACACAUUUAACUUCAGAGGAAGAAUGGGAGCAUGAAGUUGAUAAACUCUAUGCUUGGACACAAAAACUCUCACUUGAUUUAUGUGAGACACCUUUCCCUGACUAAAACAAUACUAUGUAUUAAGAAGGGGAAGAUCAAUUGUGGCAUACAUUAGUUUGUGCCCAGUCAAAAAAAAGACAUGUUUUUAAACAAAUGAGAAAAGAUAUGAAGACCUUAUUGCCUUUCACUUUGACCAACACUCUGCACAAUUCACACUGUGCACUUUAACUUUGAUAUACCAUUUAUCUUUAAUGCAAACUUUGCAUGCAUGAGAUCAUGGCAUUAUUAUAUACUGUGUUCUAAGGUGCAAAUAACAUCCUUCUGAUAUUUCCCCUUUGAACGCAUGGCUUAAGCUGGCCAAACUGUAUCCAUUAAAUUAAUAUGAGUCAUGCUAUGUUUUUAGAAAUCUUAGAAAUUCUCCUAAGCUGCAGCAGUGAUGACUCUAUAGUUAUUUUCACCAUUGGGUGUUGUGUUGCAUUUUGUGGACAAUUACUUUUGUAAUCAAUUGAAACUGAUUGAGGUGAAUGUGCCAGCUAUGAGCCAUGCUGAAAUCUGGCGGAUUGUAAAAGUUCGUUUGGGAUCGAUGACCACCCAAAGUAAGGAAGGGAGUUACAAAUAGGCUUAGUUUCCAGCUUGGUCUUCAGGUGAAUAUAAUAUUCAUUACCCAGAUAAUGUUUAAGCAAGAUGUCACAAGGAUGUGGGGAGAAGACUUGAUGCAUUAGAAUAGAUAGUCUAAUUCUGCUGCCUUAUGAUCUAGGAUACUAAUGUUUCUAAAACCACCAAAUGGCAUCUUCAAUAGGGAACCAAAUUAAAAAAAAACAAAAACUUGAAAGCAUCGCCCAGAUUCAUGCUAGGAAGCAACUGAAAGAUGCACACCUAAACACAUUAAAUCCAAACUAUACAGAUUCUUCUAUAUUUACAUUGCAAAAUGAUGUUGGUGUUUCCAUUUGCAAAGUUAGUAGCCAAGUAUUGUGAGUAAAUUUAAUGCAUAAGGAGUUAUAAGAAAUAUUAAAAAUAGAUGCUAAUAAUAUUGCUGUCAUCUUCACUGAGUCAUGCUUUUUAAAUUUCAAAACUAAUAUUGAGGCAGGUUAAAGCAAAUAUGCUUAUAAACUAAGAUUACAAAUCCUGAAAUGUGACCAGAUAAACCAGCAAUGCAGUAUUAGUUACUAAUGUUCAACAAAAUAAACUGAAUUUUCAUUGUUGAUAA